UCACAGACGUCCUGACAAGCGCCUGACAAGAUGAAGUGGCUCCUCAUUACACUCGCCUGCAUUCAGCUCUCUGAAUGUUUAGUCAGGGUUCCCUUGAGGAAAGGUAAAUCUACCCGCCAAGCUCUUAAAGAACGUGGGCUUCUCGAGGAAUUUCUGAAGAACAGCCAUUACAAUCCAUAUUCCAAAUAUGCAGGGCCCUUCAACACCCAGUCCAUGGCUACGGAGCCUCUUUUAAAUUACAUUGACAUGACUUAUUUUGGAACAAUCAGCAUUGGAACCCCACCACAGAGCUUCACCGUCAUCUUUGACACUGGUUCAUCCAAUCUUUGGAUCGCAUCAGUUUACUGCAGCAGCCAAUCAUGCAAAAACCACAAGAAAUUUGCACCAAGCAAAUCAUCAACUUAUCAGGCAACAAACCAACCACUUUCCAUUCAGUAUGGUUCCGGCAGUAUGACUGGGAUCCUGGGCUAUGACACAGUCACUGUAUCAAGCAUAAGUGUCAAACACCAGGAAUUUGGGUUAAGUAAGACUGAGCCUGGACGCUCAUUCUCCAAUUCUCUAUUUGAUGGGAUCCUGGGGCUGGCCUAUCCAAGCAUUGCAUCAUCUGGCGCCACACCCGUGUUUGAUAACAUGAUGUCUCAGGACCUAGUGAGUCAGGACCUGUUUGCUUUUUACCUGACCAGACAGCCUGGUGGGUCCGGAAGUGAAGUUGUAUUUGGUGGAGUCGAUCCAAACCACUACACAGGUCAAAUUAACUGGGUGCCCGUCACUCAACAAAGCUACUGGCAAAUCAGCUUGGACAGUGUGUCAAUCAAUGGGGAGGUUGUGGCCUGUAGUGAAGGCUGUCAGGCCAUCGUUGACACUGGUACUUCUCUGCUCACUGGCCCCAGUGAAUCCAUCAGCAUUAUCCAGUUAAUGAUCGGUGCAACUGAAGGAUACGGUGGCCUGUCCUCCAUCAACUGUAACAAUUUGCCCUCCAUGCCUGAUGUAGUCUUCACAAUCAAUGGAAUUGACUAUCCCCUUACUCCAUCUGAAUACACACUCCAGGAUCAAGGUACUUGCAUAAGUGGAUUUGAUGGCAUGUAUCUUCCAAGCGCUUCUGGAGGCCUCUGGAUUCUGGGAGAUGUCUUCAUUGGACCAUAUUAUUCCAUCUUUGACAGAGGAAACAAUCGUAUGGGCUUUGCCAAAUCUACCUAAUUUACUCUUCCAGGAUUUAAUUUAAAGCACAUUCUGAUCCCAUUUUGAGGUUUUGCUCAUUCAUUGGCGAUGAUUGAAGUAGUGGGCCAUAAGGUAACACAAGGUGAAAACCUAGGAAGUCUCCAGUUCAUGAGUGCUCAAGGUCAUCUGAUUAUGCAUGAGACGCAGCAAGGAGGAACUCUGAAAUAAAGUCAAUGAGCUGGAACCUUUUAAUUACUUCUGGAUGAACCCUUACCACACUGACCCAGAUAUUCAACAAAAUGGCUCGACAAAAUGUGCUUUAAAUGGUUAAUCUUGCAAAGUCAACCUUGGAUGAUAAACCGCUUUGUGGAUACACUAAGAUUUUCCUUCUAUUUUCAGUAGCCUAUAAUCCUAAAUGAAGAGCUGCCUGUACUUUGGAUUAAUUGCUAUGUACAUUAGAUCACAUGUACAAUGAUUUAUUCCGGAGCCAUAAGCUGUCGAAAUGUUUUGCCUUAAUCUAGGCUUGUACAUGGAAAGCACGCUAGAUGAAGUUAGUAAAACACAUUACAGAAUCAUAGAAUUGUUAGAGUGCAGAAGGAGGCCAUUAAGCCCCUUUGUGCACCAGCUCUCUGGAUGAGCAAUUCCCUUAGUACCAUUCUCCCGCCUUCUCCCUGUGACCUCACCCAUGCUUUCUUCUCAGAGAACAGUCUGCUUCCCAUUUGAAUACUUCAUUUGAACAUUCCCCCAUCAGAGUCUCAGGCAGUACAUUCCAGAUCUUAGCCUCUUCGGCAUAAAGAAAUUUUUUCUCAUGUUACUUUUGUUUCUUUUGCCAAUUACUUUAAUCUGAGGCCUCUCAUUCUCGAUCCUUUCACGUGUGGGGACAGUUUCUCCCUAUCUACUCUGUCCGGACCAUCAUGAGUUUAAAUGAACAAUGUAUGCAAUGUCUCUGUCCAUUAUGAACAGAAGUGUGAACCAUUCUUAAUGUAGUAGAUGAAGCAUCUCCACAUGAUUUACCUACACAGAUUGCUUGGUAAAUUGGCACGUUGAAUUGCCCAUCAUUAUAAAAGUGCCUAAGUUUACUGCCUAAGCCGAACUUGUGACAAUUAUCACCAUUGUGAAUUUUAAUAAGAUCUUGCAGUGAGGUUGCUUCUUGUUGGUGAAAGCCAGACUUGUUUUUAUCUUUACUGAGAAUCUUUUAUUUCUUUAUUAGCAAAGAUAAUGAGAAUAAAUUUUGACGCAUUGCAA